AUGUGUCUCCACAACCUCGACGCCCUCUUCAUGGCCGUCGCGCCGCGCCAGCCGCGCAACGCCUGGGGCCGGCGCGUCGACCCGCUCGCGACGCUCCGUGACCUCGGACAUGCCCGCCACGAGUUCCUCAAGCCCAAGCCCAUGUGGCCGGGGUACGACACGCUCGCGACGGGACAAGAGAGCCUGGUGCUCAGCGGCAAGAUGUACUACUCGUUCAUGAGUGGGCAUUCGACCGCCUGGUGGAUCGUCAGCUGCCUCAACAAGGUUGCCCUGACGCACCUCGUCAUCCACCUCACGUCGGACGGCUGCAACGCCGACUUCCAGAAACGCUUCUUCGACCAGUUCUACGUGCCGAGCAUCAAGACGCUCAUCUUUGCCGACGCGCUCGACGUCGACUCGGUCCCCUCGAUCGUCAAGUGGCUCUCCACGGCCGGCGCGACCGUCACGGCGCUCAGCUUCUCGGGGCUCAAGUACCCCAAGGACAGCUACGAGACUGUGCCGACAGAAGAAAACCUCGCGCCGCUGCUCGACGCGCUCACAAAGCACAAGGGCCUGCACCACUUCUGCAUGUGCCGCGGGACCAUGUGCACCGCCGACAGCAAGGGCUUCUGGGUGCGCAAUGGCAAGGGCAAGCUCUGCCGGCCAAGCGACGUAUUCAUGGGCUUUGCGAGCCCCGAGGCGCGCCGCGCGCUCGAUAACAGGAUAGACGGCAACGCGACCCCAGCGAACGAGGUGCGCCGCGCCAUCAGGGACACGCUUGUGCCGGCCCGUAUCAUCAUGCGUGCGACUAACGCCGGGUUGCUGAGCAAGACGGAUGCCUGGUCGACGUGGAUCUGGGGCGGCGAGGCCGCCACGUCGGACAACCCGCUCCUCCGCGCCGAGGGCCCGCCGCGUCUCCCGCCCGAGAUCAUGCUCCACAUCCUCGGCAUGCUCUCCCCUCCGGGGGUCCUCAGCGCCGCCGAGCGCAAGCGCCUGUAUGACGAGGCGGGAGACAAGGUUGCGCUCAAGGCCCGCGCGAAGGAGGUCAUCGCCGGCGCCAAAGAGGGGAUGACCAUGGACCAGAUGAUGGAGGAGUGGAUCGUGAGCAGGAACUUUUUGGCCGGGUAUGGCGUCAAGCACUUUGUCAGGUGGAAGGCGAUCAGUUAG